AUAUCAUUUUCUAAAGGGGUUGACUUUUGGAAGGAAUUAUUUCUUUCUUUGAGUGGGAAAUCUGAAAGUUAACUAUGGUUAACCUAAACAAUGGAAUAACAUGAAUUUUACUCUUAUUAAUGUCAUAAUAGAGAAUAAAUAUGUAAUUAGGGUCAUUUUAUGAAAUAAUAAAAAUAGGGGCUACCAAAGAUAAGUAGCAAAAACUAGGAGUUACCGUGGAAUUUCCUUAAAUCAAAAACUUCUCAAUCCAUCUCUAACUUGUCAAACAACAUUUCCAUUCUCUAAUUCUCUAAUCCACUCACUACUCAUAGUAUAAUUUAGUACCAAAACGAACUGAAAUCCAGAAUAAGCAAUUGAAUUGAAUCAAAAAAACGAAAGAAAGAGAUUGAUUGGUAAGAAAUCAGGCGCAAAAUAAAGGUGGAAGAUGCGCCGAGAAUGUUGUGGAAAGAUAUUACGAGCAGAGAAGAUGGUAAAUUACGCCCAAAUUCUUUCUCCCGUCGCCUUCGAUCCCGUCGCAUUUCUUCUCUCCAUCUUUCUAACUUCAAAGAGUUCGUUUCUCCUCAUCGUGGCGCCGUCAAUUCUCUCCAGGUUGAUUUAACAGAGGGGAGAUAUUUGCUUUCUGCUGCUUCAGAUGCAUCUGCUGCUGUCUUUGAUGUUCAACGUGCAUUUGAGGUUGGAGGCUCCGUUGCGAGGCACAAGAGCCUGUUUGUUAUUGAUAAAGAGCACCAACAAGGACAUAAGUAUGCUGUAUCCUCAGCCACAUGGUAUCCAAUUGAUACCGGGCUAUUCAUCACUGGUUCCUAUGAUCAUCACAUCAAUGUUUGGGAUACAAACACCACACAGGUAGUUAUGAAUUUUAAGAUGCCUGGAAAAGUUUACAAGACUGCUAUGAGUCCUAUUGCAACCUCCCAUAUGCUAAUAGCGUCUGGAACUGAAGAUGUUCAAGUUCGUCUUUGUGAUAUUGCUUCAGGGGCAUUUGCUCAUACAUUGUCUGGCCAUCGUGAUGGUGUAAUGGCAGUUGAAUGGUCUACAUCAAGUGAGUGGAUUUUAAUGACAGGUGGCUGUGAUGGUGCCAUACGUUACUGGGAUAUCAGACGUGCGGGGUGUUUUCUUGUUUUAGAUCAGGCCAAGUCUCAACUUGGCAGGCGGCAACCAUUGUUGGAACGUUCAGUUGCCGAAAAGGCAGCAAUAUCUAAGCCAAUGGGGCAGAAUUCUUCUGCAAAGAAUAGAGGGGAGCAGAAGAAAGUCUCUUCUGGAAACUCAAAGCAAAGACGCCAUUUUGGGAUGAUGUCAAGUCAAAAUCAUGCAACUGCACACUAUGGUGCUGUCACUGGCUUAAAGGCAACCGAAGAUGGCAUGUACCUUCUCAGUGCAGGUUCUGAUUCUAGAUUAAGAUUGUGGGAUAUUGAAUCUGGAUGCAACACUUUAGUGAAUUUUGAAACUGGUCGCUUGCAAAAUAGCAAAGGGAUACAAUUUGCUGUGGUUCAGGAUUCUUCUCUCGUGUUUGUUCCAUGCAUGACAUCUGUGAAAGCAUUCGAUCUUUGGUCGGGCAAAACAUCUCUUACUUUCCGUGCCCACUAUGAUAAUGUUAAUAGUUGCUGGUUUAAUGCACAAGAUCAGGUUCUUUGUUUCCAGGAGCUGUACACAGGUGGAAACGAUAGGCAGAUUCUCGUCUGGUCUUCAUCUGAACUAUGUCCCGAUAAUUUGCAGAAUCUAAUGCCAAAAGAUACACCAUGUUUGGAUAGAGAGAAAUGGAACGAAAAGAAGAGAAGAGAAAAAGAUGGGAUUGUCAUCCCUUAUUUAGAUAAGCAUGUAGGAGGACGGAAGGGUAGGGAAUGGGAAUCAUCUAUUUUCCUUCUUUAAUAAAUCAGAUCAUUUCAAAAUUAGAAAGAUUAGGAAAGAAAAUAGAAGCCCACUCUCUCCCUCCCUGUCCUCCCUUUCCCUUUCCUUUCUAGAUUGCUAUUCAGACAUAAAUGUUAGGGAAGUAAUAAUACUGUUUAUUGUUAUUGAGCAGGAUAACAGGAACAUGAACGGAAAAGGUCUCUCGAAAGAUGAGGAUAAUUGGAGUGAUUAGAGAAGGCCAUUUGGUUGUAUUAUUUGUUUAGA